AUGCAGAAAUUUCCCUUGCGCCUGCUGUGGCGCUAUAAGGUGUUCGUCCUGAUAGGAUUUAUCAUCGUGGCUGCGCAGUUGUUUCUGGCAUACAAGCUGCUGCGCUUACCACUAUCGGGAAACGAAACCACGGAAGAACGCGAUCUCAGCCGGAAGCUCUAUGACAAGUACGUAAGAAAGCCAUCCACCGGAGACGGAACGGUUGGCUCGAACCUUACGAUUUCUCAUAACGGUGAAAAGGCAACCGCCGCGGGGCACAUCCGAUCCGAUAGGGAUAGCAAUACGAAUCAGCUCACGUUAAGAUUGGAUGAGCUCGAAUUUGUGCCACCGUGCGAACUGACUCGCAAGGAAACCAUCUCCGCCAUCCACCGGGCAAAGAGCCAAUCGUGCAAGGCAAAGAUCGUCGAGGUAGCGUGCGAAAUUCAGGCGGGAAAGUUCUACCCCCAACGUUUGCCGAGUUACUGCCCACGUGGCGAUCACUCGCCGAAUCGAGCUCUUGGAUGCUUUCGCGAUCAGAAGGACUUUCGUUUGCUGUCCGGUUAUUACUCAACAUUCAAAACGAACAAUUCUCCGGAACGAUGCAUAAGGUUAUGCUUGCAAUCGGGCUAUCCUUUCGCAGGCGUGCAAUAUGGCUAUGAAUGCUUUUGCGGCGAUGAAGUACCGAAGGCGUCCGCAAAGCUGCCCGAUUCCAGCUGCAACAUUAAAUGUCCGGGAGACGCGAAACAGGCAUGCGGAGGUUAUUUUACCAUUAACGUUUACGAAACCGGCAUACGUAAAUUUGCUGCUCAGAGCACAGAAACGGUACCGAAAUCAGCGGAUGAAACUGUACAGAUAGCGUUUCUGCUCACGCUGAAUGGUCGUGCCGUUCGACAGGUCCAUCGAUUACUAAAAGCGCUGUACAGCCCUCGUCACUUUUACUACAUACAUAUCGAUGCGCGUCAAGAAUAUCUGUACCGAGAGCUGCUUAAGUUGGAACCAAAAUUCCCCAACAUUCGGCUAGCACGAAAGCGGUUCUCGUCCAUCUGGGGCGGUGCUUCGCUGCUCCAGAUGUUGCUCUCCUCGAUGGAGUAUCUUCUGUACGAAUCCGGCUGGAAGUGGGAUUUUGUGCUGAACCUCAGCGAGAGCGAUUUCCCGCUCAAGACGAUCGAUCAGCUGGUGACGUUUCUGACCGCCAAUCGAGGCCAAAACUUCGUGCGCAAUCACGGUCGCGAAGUACAGAGGUUUAUCCAGAAGCAAGGCCUCGACAUGACGUUCGUCGAGUGCGACAAUCGCAUGUGGCGUAUCGGUGAUCGAACGCUCCCUGCAGGCAUCACGAUUGACGGUGGAAGUGAUUGGGUGUGUUUAUCGCGUGAUUUUGCCCGGUACGUUACGAACGAUGGAAGCUCGUCUCGGGACGAGCUGGUGCGUGGUCUGUUGCGGGUGUUUGAGUACACGAUACUACCGGCGGAAUCAUUUUUUCACACGGCUCUGCGAAACUCACGUUUCUGUCACACGUACACGAACAACAAUCUGCACAUGACGAACUGGAAACGGCAGCUCGGAUGCAAAUGCCAAUAUCGGCACAUCGUUGAUUGGUGCGGAUGCAGUCCAAACAAUUUCAGGAACGAAGACUGGGAUCGGGUGCAGGCUAGUCAGCACAAAAAGCUAUUUUUUGCCCGCAAAUUCGAAGCCAUGGUUAAUCAGGCGAUUGUGCUGCAGCUAGAAGAAUGGAUCUUCGGUCCGUACCCGGCUGAUUACGUGAAUCUGCACGCGUACUGGCAGAACGUGUAUCAUCACGAGGACACCGCCACGACGGUGGAUGGUGCAAUGCUGAAUGUAGCGCACAGUUUGCUACGAAUUAACGCACGCACUAAUGGGGCUCAGCUUUAUGAACCGCUCAAGAUACGAGAGAUAACGCACUAUCUGGAACGCGACAGCUACCGUGGGUUUCUCGUGCGCCACGAGGCCAUCCUGCAGGAUACCGGAGUGUUGGUUGAACUCGAAACGUGGGUAUCGCCAAUUGUGACCGCAAAAGUCACUCGCAGCACGUCUCUUGCCCGUCGCGUGAUUCACUUGGAAGUGAGCACGGAUUACGACGAAAAGGAGCAGCUGUCGCGGAACUUCCAGCGCAUCAUCGGUACGAAUGCGGAACCGGCGCUCAUUUUUCGGCUCGCUCCACCCAUCGACUCUGAAAAGGUGAAGGGAGCCAAUGCGACGAAUUAUUCGCUCACCGUUGAAUGGAUUGACCCCAUGGGGGCGGCCGUUACUUCUAGUCAUUUCACGAUCGAGGACAAUCCCAACGGGGCAGCACACACCUUCAACCACUUUGUAAAGGGCAACAAGCUGAAGUUGCCGCUCGCGGAGGGUAUUUGGGGGGCACGGUUAGUGCACGGGAAGGUGCUUAUCGGAGCGACGAGGUUUCUCGUUACCGCACCAACGUACCGCGCCACUGAUCAGCAGUCGCCGAAUGGAUUGGAGCAGCACACUCAUCGGCAGGUUAUACCAUUGCCGGCGGGGAAAAGACGGAUGGGGGCUACCAAUGCGGCCACUAGCAGCAUGAGAGCCAAAGAUCUCAAAAGAAGUCCCGUUGGCCAUUCCGGAGAUCAUGAUCGCAACGAUCAUCUGCUGGAAUCGGACGAUCAGUUUCAUCAACAGCUCGAUAAGCUGGUAACACAAUUUUUCACCCUUCGAGAGACCUGCCUUAUCCAAGGAGGAGAAGGAGGAGUAGGAAGGGCAGCAUGGUAUCCAGGAAAUGAACCGAACAAACCGGGACAUUUUGCGGAUUGUUCGUCCACCAGCUGGAGCAGCUUGGCGGCGGAUCCAAAGAGUGAUAUUUACGUCGAAACAGUGACGUCGAACUAG